AUGGAUCCACGGAUAAAUAGUACCCAAGCAAAGCUAUCCUCACGUCGCCCCUUCCCUCCCCGGUGGCAGAAGAUUGAAGCCACAAAAAAGAGGCCAGAGACACCUGCACCUUCAAAGGGUCAGUUACUCUUUGAAAUUGACCGCAGCGAGCUGAAAUUGCCUGGUUCUGUGGAUUGUGACGGUGAUCCUCGCAUUACGGCGUGCACAGAUUUAGCGUCUUAUACAUGGUUGAACAAAGCCAACCCGACGAUCAUUGUUCCCGGCGAACCCCCGGUCUGGAACCCUCCUGCAGGAAGCAGACAGCUUAAAGGUGACAGAGGCGAUUAUCUGCGUGACCCUAAUGCUGCCAAAUACCCUACAUAUCCGAUGGAGCCCGCCAUCCAAGCCAUCCUGCAUGAGAAUCCAGGUUUCAAUGGGCAGAAGAUCAACAUCGUGACAUGUUCAAGCACCCUAGGUAACAUUUCACGGUUUGUCCGUGGCGUACAUAAGGACUUCAGGUUUAUUAUGGACAAAGUUGGAAGCACGAUUUUCUUCCUCCGCAGAGAGAAUUCUCCAACAGAGUUAAUUCCAGAUGUGCGGGGCUACGGGCACAAUUUCUUGGAUGAAUAUACCUCUUGGGACCGUGGAGUUCGCGGCUCAGAGUCACAUCAAAGAGUCAUCCGCUAUGAGUUUGGAGGUUUUCACUUUGUAAUACGAUUUGAGGCAGAUGGCUAUAUUGUAAAGAAGGAUACGGAUAUUGAAGAGCGAGAUGGAAAUAGUGACGUCAAGGACCUUAUCGACCUGAUGAAAGUCGAGACCUCAGCAAGGAAAACAGAUGACCUAACUGUCGAGAAAGGAGGACGACGUAUCAUGAUGAAAGACAUCGUCGACAUCAAGACUCGAGCACGAUACACCAACACCAACCCGCCGACCAUCAAAGAGAUCGACUGGACAGAUAUCACACCGCGGCUGUGGAUAUCACAGAUUCCUACAGUUAUCGUAGGCUAUCAUAAAUUCGGGCAUUUUGAAGAUAUUGAUAUUAAACCUAUGAAGAAUAUGAUCUCACAAUGGGAGAAAGAAAAUGAGAAUUCUCUUCGAAAGCUGGCAUCUCUGCUUCACGAGCUUGUCGAAAGUGCCUUGACGUCCAGAACAAGGCUCGAAAUCUGUCGAGAGGGAUCUGGACCCUUGGAAGUCAGGCGAGUGUGUGACUGCAACAUGGAGGCGCUUCCUGUUGGUCUAAAAGAGCGCUGGGCGAAGGUAUGA